AUGAAAUCUAGAUGCUGCUCUGCUCUCUUGCCAAGGGAGCGGAUUCGUGGUGCAGUGGCUUUCUGCAGCAACCCCAAGCGGUGCAAAACUUUCAUCAGACGUGACAAGUACGAGCAGAGUGUGAAGCUUUACUGGGUGGACACGAAAAUCUCCGGGAAGUAUGAGGAGGAGGCAAGCGAGCUGUACAGGGAGACGAUAACCGGAGAGGAGGAUGUGACGGAGGCCACUGUUGGUGGUACGAUGAACCAGGACGAUCCAAUGGACCUCGGGGGGGAGACAAAAGAGGAGACGGAGGAAAGCGAGGAAGAGGAUGAUGGAGCCAGCAGAUCGCACAAGCCCAAGGCAAACAAAGCAAUCGAGGAAUCUGCCAUGGAGGACAUAGAGAAUGUCCAAGCCGUCAUGAGCAACCUCUUGAAGGCACAGGGCCGACUCGAUGCCACAUCGAAGAGGCUGACUGAUCUGGGUACUGAGGAGGCCCAGGAGGCAAGUGACAAGCUGAUGAUGCAGAAGAGCAAUCUCAUGAAGCAUCACGAUGAUUUGGCCGAUUUGAAAUCCCAUUUCGAUGGCCACGGAGACUUCGAUGAGAAGUGCAGCCGGGCCAUCAUGGAAGACGUGAAACACAAGACACUCCUGAAGCAGGGCAAGGCUCCUGCCGCAAAGGCGGCUCCGAAGGUCGCUCCGAAACCUGCGGCGGGGAAGCGUGGAGCUACCGGCAAAGGUGGGGCGAGCAAGCGCAGGCGCACUGAUGGUCCUGUGGCUAAAGCACUGGUGCAGUCGGUGGUGAAGGGAGUGUUCUGGUUUGACAAUGAGCAACACUGGUUUUUGCUUUUAUGGUCGUCUGAAUGUUGUUCAGAGCACAGAGUUUCGGAAAAGCAUGCUUGCUCCCUGAUGGGAGCCGUCUGGGAGGAGAUCAAGGGUUUGCCAGGGGCAGAGUCAUUGCCAAGUGCAGACAUCAUCCAAAAGGCUGCUACCCUACACAACACCCGUCACGAAUGUCGUCUUGGUGAUGCAUUCGAAGAAAUGAAGCUGUCUGCUGCCAUACCCAUCAGCUAUGUUGAUGUCGGAACUGGGGUGCAACAUCCGGUCUUCCGGGUCAGAGAUUUCCUAUCGUCUUUAUCAGAGUGCGGCAAAAGUGAUCUGUUGUUUUGUGGGCACCCAGAGUGUGAUUAUGAAGAUUUCUGGGAGCAUUGGCGCCUGAUCCAGCCACAGCAUCCAAUCUUCUCGAAACACGCUCGAAAAGAUCGGCUUAAAUGGUGCAUACCGGUCUUCGUCUACGCAGACGAGGGCACAUCACAGAAGCGCCGUGGUUUGAUGGUGAUUCAGUUCCAGCCUAUUUUGGGACGUGGCAGUUCACGGGGAGAAGACCUCAACAUGAUCAACAACAGCCUAACCACAAGGUUUUUGUAUUCGGUGAUGACAAGCCACACUUAUUCGGGCAAGCUCAAGAAGAACAAACCACUGCUGAAACUGGUGGAACAUUUUGCUGCUGAGAUGGGCUCUUUGUUUGAGGAGCCACUCCCGAUGAAGUGUGCGAACGGCAAGACUCGCCAAGUCCGUUUGGUUUGCCUCGGCUUAAAGGGUGACCUUGCAGCACUGGUCAAGAUAGGGCAGCUGCAAAGAAAUUUUCAGAGGGAUACCCCGUCGAAGACCUCUGGACCUGGGAUCUGUCAUCUUUGCCACGCAGGCCAGGAAGGGCAUCUUUGGCACAAGGUUACCUUCAACAAUAUGUCAUCUAUGCGAGAGAACCUGGAGCCACCUUGGAUUCGAGAGCCCUCGCUGAUUCGUUUGAUUCCUCAGUCGGAGCUGCACAAGCCACAAUUCUUUCAGCUUGACCUUUUCCACUGUGCACAUAAAGGUGUGUGGGGUGAUAUUGCUGCAAACACGAUCGUUGCACUUUACGAGUACAAUGCCUUGGGCAAGCUGUCGGUCGACAAAGCAAUGUGUGCAAUUUUCGAUGAUUGCAAGGAGUAUUGCCGUGAGAAUGGACUACAGCUGCACAUGACUUCUUUAACUCGUGGUGCUGUGGGCUGGGAAACCGCAUCAUCUUUCCCUUCAGCGUGCUGGUUUAAAGGAGCCGACACAACAACUUUGUGCAUAUACCUGGAAGACAAGCUUCGCGAAGUUUUGCCAACCAUAUCUUCCGAAAACAAGCCCUACUUCGAGACCAUGCUCCGAAUGCUCGGAAACUGCAAUGUAUUCAUGAGGACCCUGUAUCAUGCAAGCUUGUGGCUGCUGGACAAUGAACGGUCUGCAGCCAUCUCAUCGGGCAUGGAGGUGAUCAAAGAUUUCAAACGAUGUGCUCUACAUGCUUUCAAGGAGCAGAAGACUCGCUGGAAGAUUCAGACGAAAAUGCAUUUCAUCGGCGAAAUUCUCUUUCGUUUGGAAUUACAUCGACGACAGAAACUUCCUUCCAUGAACCCAUUGGCGACUGGGACUCAGGUCGAUGAAGACUUUGUUGGCGCAGUCUGUAGCAUGAGUAGAACAGUGUCCGGGCGAAAAAUUCAUCCCCGGACACUUCGCAAGUAUGCGUUAGCUCUCGCCAGCCUUUGGUGA